AUGUCUAAUGUAUUGGCCAUUUCACAGUGCCUUCUCAAGAAGACAAUUCCAUUAAACCACUCAACCUUUACAGCUCCAUUAAUGGUUAAAACCUUCAAAAUAAACGGCCCAAAUCUCACAUCAGUUUCAGCUCAGAUGAGAGCUAUACAGCAAACGCCUAAUGUUCCAGAAUUUGAUCCAAUCCCACCGGAAAAGCCACCGUUGUCGCCUCCGAGCCCAGGCCCUGGUUUUCCAGGCCCACCAAAUCCGUUACCGCAUCCACCAGGACCAGAUAUGCCUGGGCCACCGCCGGAGAUUUCUCCGCCUGGUGGUCCAGAUGUUAUACCUCCGGCUAUUCCGGAGAUUGUUCCGCCUGGUGGGCCGGAUGUUAUACCUCCGGGGCCGCCGGAGAUUUUUCCACCGGGUGGACCGGAUGUUAUACCUCCAAAGCUGCCGGAACCUGGGCCGUCGCAACCGACGGAUAUUCCGCCGCCCAUUAUCACUUUUGGGCCUGUUGUUUUUAGGGCAAGUGAAAGAUUUUGA